AUCUUGGUCUCUCUCUCUCUCUCUCUCUCUCUCUCCUCCCUUUCUCUCUCUACCCUCAUGCUCUUCCACCACACCCUCCAAAAACUCAUCCAACUCCUUAGCAAGUCUCACCCCAUUUACUCUAUUCACCCACUUAAGCCAUGGCACAAAAUCUCCAAUGUCAAAAAACCCCCCAGUAACUCCACAAACUCCCCCAAAAUCGCCUUAAACCCCUUCCUGCCCCCUCCUCCUCCUCUACCCCCGAACUGGUGCCAACUAGUCACCUCCAAUGGCCAUCCUUCAAUGGCUGAGAGAUAGUCUCCUGCCCUCCUUUAUUUUUGCAUCAACUUUGCUAGUAGUGGUGAUUCUGAUUCUGAAGCUUCUCUCAAAAGAGAAAUCAAGGACAAGAAAUCUCAACCUCCCACCAAGCCCUCCAAAGCUACCCAUAAUUGGGAAUCUCCACCAGCUAGGGGGCAUGCCCCACCUCUCCCUCCGCCGCCUCACGGACAAAUUCGGUCCCAUCGUUCACUUGCAACUGGGUGAGAUUCCGACGGUCGUGGUUUCAUCGGCUAAACUGGCCAAGGAAGUGAUGAAAACUCACGACCUCGCCCUCUCGAGCCGCCCCCAGAUCUUCUCGGCCAAACACCUUUUCUACGACUGCACCGAUGUCGCAUUCUCGCCGUACGGUGCUUACUGGCGGCACAUACGUAAGAUUUGCAUACUUGAGCUGCUAAGCGCGAAGCGGGUCCAAUCGUACAGCUUUGUGAGAGAAGAAGAGGUUGCUCGUUUGGUUCAUAGGAUUGCCGAAUCCUGUCCCGACGCCGCGGACUUAACCAAGCUCCUCGGACAGUACGCAAACGACGUCCUUUGCAGAGUUGCGUUGGGGAGGGAUUUCACAGAGGGCGGGGACUACGAUCGCCACGGGUUCCAAAAGAUGCUCGAGGAGUACCAGGUGCUGCUCGGAGGAUUCAGCGUGGGAGAUUUCUUCCCGUCCAUGGAGUUCAUACAUACUCUGACUGGCAUGAAAUCGAGACUCCAGAACACUUUUCGACGUUUUGACCGGUUUUUCGACGAGGUGAUAGAGGAGCAUCUCAAUCCCGAGAGAGAAAAGGAAGAGCACAAGGACCUUGUGGAUGUCUUGCUUGAGAUUCAGGAAAAAGGGGAUUCUGAAAUGACUCUCACCAUGGACAACGUCAAGGCCAUCAUUCUGGACAUGUUUGCAGCAGGAACCGACACAACCUUCAUAACUUUAGACUGGGGAAUGACGGAGCUAAUUAUGAACCCCAAGGUCAUGAAAACAGCACAAGCUGAAGUAAGAAGUGUUGUUGGAGAGAGAAAAACCUUGUUAGAAACCGACCUGCCGCAGCUGCACUACCUGAAAGCCGUUGUCAAAGAGAUCUUUCGGUUACAUCCCCCUGCACCGGUGCUAGUCCCAAGAGAGUCUAUGGAAGAAGUAACCAUUGAUGGGUACAACAUUCCUGCUAAAACAAGGUUCUUUGUCAAUGCAUGGGCUAUAGGGAGGGACCCAGAGAGUUGGGAAAAUCCAGAAGUAUUUGAACCAGAUCGAUUCAUGGGUAGCGCUAUCGAUUUCAAAGGGCAGGAUUUUGAGUUGAUACCUUUUGGUGCGGGCAGAAGAAGCUGCCCCGCGAUUACGUUUGGGACAGCGACUGUUGAGUUGGCUCUGGCUCAACUUCUCCACAGCUUUGAUUGGGAGCUUCCCCCUGGAAUUCAGACCAGUGAUUUGGACAUGACUGAAGUUUUCGGCAUCACAAUGCAUAGGGUAUCUCAUCUCGUCGUGGUGGCUAAACCACGCUUUGUUUGAGCCAGAACUUCAUAGGUAGAAAUUAAAUAACACUUGAGGAAUCGACUCCAAAAUGAUCCUCAAUCCAAUAUCAUGAAGAAGUACCACUUCAUCGUAUCGACAAAAAGAUGAGAAACAAUGAGAACCCUGUUCUGGCAAAGAGAAAAUUAGUAUGAAUCAUGUGCUUAUAGAGUAUUGAGUCAAACCUUAUAGCAAACAAAUGACUAAAUGUGAUCCUUAUGCUUGGCACACAGCCAAAUACUUUCGUGUAGUCCCAAGUCACAGUAACAGGAUUUAACAUCCUUUUGUUUCCAUUAAAUGUUGAGCAUGGCAUUUGAGAUUUGUACUUUCAACAAUGGUAUGCUGUGCUAAUAAAGUAUUUCUCAAGACAA